CGGGUUGAUGUACCUCAAUGUUGAUUCUCCCUGCAAGUAGGAAAUGUUACUCGAGGCGUGCUGAGCUUGAGGGGCUCUAAAGAGGCGGGAAGAAGAAAGAUUCCAACAGGUUUCAAACCACAGGAAUGCCAGUUGACUCACUGCCUGAAGAAAAGACAAACAGGACUUGCAAAUAAACUCCUGUCUAUUGGUGAAUCAGUUGCCAAGUCGUCCCACCUGGAAACGGCCUUCUACCUGUCCCAGUGUCUGAACAAGCAAAGGCAUGCUUCAGGAUAACUACAUUAGGCUUGCACACGGCUCCAGAACACACUCCUACAACCAGGUGUCUCGUGGUCUGCUUCCCGGAGCUCUGCUGCUUCAGCUCGAGAUGUGGAAGAAGAAGAGGAAAGGCCAUCGGGUGGAAAUCUCGGCCCCGGUCAACUUCCAACACAAGGUCCACACCUCCUUUGACCCGCAAGGCCAGCGGUUUGUGGGCCUGCCCAAGCAGUGGCAGGGGCUUGUGGCAGACGUCCUGAAGCGCCCAAAGCCCCUGGUGGAUCGGACCGCCAUCACGCCCGUGGACACCGCGCCGUUGAAGCUCAUUGUUCGGGGAAACUCAUCUGGAGUGAAUAAUAAUCUCCCGGGGCUGGUGUCUGAUCUGCAGGAGCUAUCGGUUGCAAGAUCCAACUCUUUACGGAGAAACACCAUUUGCUUGUCUCAGGGGAAAGAGUGGCCUCUGAAGAAAAUCGAGGAAGCCAAGACCCAAGAAAUGCUAUGCCCUAAUUCCAGGCGACGUUGGAGCAAUAACUUCUUGUUCGGGGACCAGAAAGGGCGGUGCAGAGGGGACAGUGGAAGUUUCACUUCUCGGCUGCAUCUUCCAAAGAGUUCACAUCGGCAGCAAAAUGGCAAUGGGAUUCACGAGACCAAGCCGACCAAGAACCUGACCAUCCCUUCACUGGAAUAUGAGCGGCAGAAGACAAAGUCAACCGGUCAUUCACUUGAACCACAGAACUCCACUUCACCCCCAGACAAAGGAGCACCUGGCUCUCCGCAGGGAGUGAUCAGGGCGAGAUCGGGGAGACGAAACAGUGGCUGGAGACCCAUAUCCUGCUUCUUCAUUCGGUCGAGCUCGAAGCAGCAAAGAGAUCAGGACUCGGGCUUAGGCGACUCACCUGUGCUAUGCGACAGUCAGGAGAACCAACACAAUGCCACUCUAACAACAAGCCCCUCACUGGAUACCUCAGGACCAGUACCUUCAACCAGCCAGAAUCAGGCAAACCAUCAGUGCAGGAGGAAUGGAGGAAUAACAUGGAGCACAGAACAAAGCAAGAGGAGGGGAAGCAGAAAAGAGAAGCCUGAAGCUGCGUCGGCGAGGGAGAGCUUGAGCCGGGAACUGCCGGGCCUGAAGGGAGAGUGUCCGCGCACAUACAGUUCCCUUCAGCACAACCCAGCUCCCCUGGAGCAAGGCCAGGCCGGGCCCACCAGCAGGGUCACCCACGGGCAGUUCAGGGCAGCCAUGGUAACGGUGGUCGACCAGGCCGAUCCCACCGACCAGCUGGAGUCGUUCUGUAAAAUCGGAGAGGGCUCCACAGGCAUCGUGUGUGCAGCCACUGAGAGACACACCGGGCGAAGGGUGGCUGUGAAAAUGAUGGACCUGCGCACACAGCAGAGGCGGGAGCUGCUGUUCAACGAGGUGGUGAUUAUGAGAGAUUACCGGCAUGAGCAUGUGGUCAACAUGUACAGCAGCCAUCUCGUGGGCGACCAGCUAUGGGUUGUGAUGGACCUGCAGGGUGGAGACCUCACCGACAUCAUCCUACGCACCAGGUUGAACGAGCAGCAGAUCGCGACCGUUUGCCAGUCCGUAUUGAAGGCGUUGGCUUACCUGCAUUCCCAGGGUGUGAUCCACAGGGACAUCAAGAGCUCCUCCAUUCUGCUGGCACUUGAUGGGAGGGUUAAGCUUUCAGAUUUUGGAUUCUGUGCGCAAGUAAGCGAGGAGAUCCCGAGGCGGAGAUCGUUAGUUGGAACACCGUACUGGAUGGCUCCGGAAGUGAUUGCCCGGUUACCGUAUGGGCCAGAGGUGGAUAUCUGGUCACUGGGGAUUAUGGUGAUGGAGAUGGUCGACGGAGAACCUCCCUACUUCAGCGACAACCCCGUGGACGCCAUGAAAAUGCUCCGAGACUACCCUGCUCCCAGGCUGAGGCUGGAUCACAUGGUAUCCCCGAUCCUUCGUGAUUUCCUGGGCCGGAUGCUGAUCCAUGAAGUGGAGGAAAGAGCGACGUCGGUGGAUCUCCUCGACCACCUCUUCCUGCUGCAGGCCGGGCCUCCUGACUGCAUGAUGCCUCUGAUCCAGCAGUGUAAUCAGUGGUGACGUGGUGGAGGAGCACACGGUGGAGCUCCGCGGUGCCGCCAACAGCCCCCGGGCGCGGCCCUGAGACGGAGGAGGUGAGCAGCCCAGCUCCCGGCCCUGGGAGAGAUGACCAGGGACUCCACGUCUGGGUCGGGAUGAGUCCAAGCACGAGAAACCGUGUUCCACAGGCCGGGGGAAGGUAGAGUGAACCUCCUGGUCUUUCCUGAGCUUGGUCCAUGUGGAAUGCGGUGGGCGACCAUCCCACUCCAGGAGAUGCAAGGCAGUGGAGACCACCAGGUGACUGGACAGUUGCAACCUUUACUGGAGGGCAUUUGCAUUGGCAGUAAGCUGUUACAGUGAAUAAUGCAGAUGCUCUGGAAGUGAACGCUCUAUGAGGACUGAUUAUAUUGGAACUGUCUCGUUUGUGGUGGACGCCAAUACUUGGAGACUUCCACGGAGAUGGUGUCUAUCACUGUCACUGGGGUACAGCACCUCUGGGACUGUCACUGGUGUAUAGCACCACUGGGGCUCAGACCUCUGGACACUUUGCCCCAAAUAUCAUCUUUCUAAUAAUAAAUUGUGUACUUAAUUAAAUUGCUGAAAAAAAUCUUGCAG